CGUAAACAAUAAUGCGACUGCAAUCGGUCUUGGUAGCUGUUGAUAUCAGCUGUGGGCGUUGGUUUUCAUUCUUCAUGAAAUAGUCAAGCUGCGAGGAGUUGCACAAAUGGCAGAGGUAGGAGUUCCACCUGCUUUAGAAGCUGCCGUUGAAAGCCUGCGCGAAGCUGUGAUUGCAGGCCGCACUGACAUCGUACGACGACUUCUAGAUGCAUGCGAUUCCUGUGAUGGAGGAGGAAAAGAAGAAAGGAAGCAACUAAUAAAUUCUCACUGUGCUGGGAAUGGAGGAAGUUUCCUUCACCUUGCUGCUAAGCUGGGUCAUGGUGACAUAGUGAGAGCACUGCUGGCAGGUGGUGGUGACCCUGGGAUUGUCGACAACAAUGGUGACACUCCCUUGCAGCUUGCCAAGACCCCUGCAGUGACAGCCGUCUUUACGGAGGACCUCCUCAGAGCCACCGCCCAGUCUGACUUGGGCCGUGUGUGCCAGCUUCUAGCGGGUGGACUGAGCGUCAACUCCUACGACAACGCUGUGAGCCGCAACACUCCUCUCCACUGGGCUGCUUCAUUUGCUGACACAGACACCAUUCACUGCCUUAUAGCAAGAGGAGCAAAUGUAGAUAGCAUCAACAGCGAUGGAGCAACACCCUUGCAUGAUGCUGUAGCUCGCUGUGAUGCCUCUGUUGUGAAGGCCUUGCUGCAACACGGUGCUAACCCGACACUGUCCCGCUGUAGUGCUGGGCGUGCUUUCAAUCCACUUUACCUUUCAAUCAACUUUCAAUCUGCUUUACCAACUCAACUCUGUUAUACACGUGCAGAUGCUUUGGACAUGCGACCGCUGGCUGGGUCACUGGAAUCUCUGAACAGCAUUGGAAUCUCUGAUAGCCUCUCUGGAAUCUCUGAACAAGGCUAUCCCAGAGACAGAAUCCCCCCUCUUCGUACAAACAUGGACGUUGGAGUUUUUUCUUCCAAAACUUCAGCCGCAAGAACUUUUAGCGUUGGAGAGAGCAUCUCUGAAGACCCUAAAAUUGAACCGUUACUGGUCAACGGCCAUGGUGACAAUGAGUUGAAUGGCCGUGAACAGCUAACGGAGGAUAAACAUUUGUUAUCAGGGGAACAGUUGACAGAAAACCAACAUUUAUUGGAUCGGCAGAAGUUAGGAGACAAGCAACAAUUGUCCCGAGGGUCGCUGUCACAGUCUCCUGAGCAUUCGACCUCUUCGCUUGACUCCAGUCCUAACCUGGAGCAGGUAUACGCCGGUCUGGCGACGCGCAGCAGGAGCGCCGCGUCGCCGCCGUCGCUCGUGACGAGCGCGGCGCUGCACCUGCUGUGGCCGCCCCCCCGCCACCUCACCCAGCUGGGGGGCGCCCCCUGGCCCGUGCCCCCCUCACUCACCAUCCUCCUCAUCCCCUCUAAUGGAGUCACCCUCCACAGCAUGUGUGACGUGGUGAUGGCCCACAAAGCACCACUCGAGGGCUGCGGCGUGAUGAUGAUGACGUGUAUCUGUGGUGAAGAAGACGAAGUAUCCAUCCCCCCCGGCAGCGUCGUGUGCAUGGUCGCCCCCACCGUGUCCCCUGGUCCCCUGCACUACUCCCUGACCGUCACCCAGCAGGGCGUACGCAUUAUUUGCGGCAGUCUGGACAGCCUGCACAGCGCCCUCAGUACGCUAUGCCAACUCAUACGCGUUUACGCCCUCAACUCCCGAGCAGAAGAAACGCGACCUCAAACUGAAGACGCUUCUCAGUUGACGCGGAAAAUUUCUGAACCCGCGCUGUCCUUGACCAAACCUCCAAGUUUCUCUCGCUCCCAGUCAGACGGGGGCGUUCUGACCACAGAUGCCGCCCUUGGUGACAAAAACCUACGGGAUUCCGGGGAUCGGAGUCACGGGACCGUGGUCCACAUCGAGAGUUUGGUGAUCAGGGACUACCCCGACAUUAAGCAUCGCGCCUUCAUGCUGGAUGCUGCGCCCCUGGCUAGGGUUCCUAACCCCACGAUGAUGUACAACAUCGUUGACUCACUCGCGUCUCUCAAGAUGAACCAACUACACCUCAUGAUGCGGAUUCUACCGCUUAUUAACUAUGCCACCAACAGCGCCUUAACCAACCAUCAAUCCAGCAAUACCCUGUCUGAAGACUCAAAUAGAGCUGGUCUCACAAACGGACAUUGCAAUAAUGCCACGAAUGAAGGCAUCAACAAAAUUGCUAAUUCGUAUCACUGUCCGUUGCCGUACAGUGCUAGUGAAUUACUGGCGCUCUCCCGAUACUGCCGUGACAGAGGCGUCGCUCUUAUUCCUGCCUUCGACUUGGAUCCUACCUACAUGAUGGGACAAGAUGCUCCGCAUUCCGUGAUUGAAAUGGCCGCCGUGGUAUCUUCUUCACUGCGAUAUUUCCCCGACGCAACUUUUGUGAGCAUUGGUCCGAGUCUAACCUCGGUUUUUGCGUCGAGUUCUGUUACGGCGCCAACAGCCUUAAAUCCCUGGAAAAAUCUCGGUCUGAGUGAACGCUCGACCUUGAUUGUGUGUGCCAACGUCUUCCAGUCUCAUGACUUGGAUUAUUUGUCACAUCGCGUGCCGGCUACAGCUCUUCUUAUGGAGUAUGGCUUCCUUGCUGAUCACGACUUCAGUGCUGGACGUGAGAGCGCCUUUCUUGAGGGCCGCCUACACGCCCUCUGCUGCGGCACUGCAGCUUGGAGUUCUUUAGCGGGAUUCCCGGAGGCUGGCCUUUCCAACGUCUACAAAGGAUGCGUGAACAACGACCCCAUAUCGAGAAGCCUUUCUUCAUGUUGUGCUGUAAUUGCUCAUUGGUCGACACCAGCGUCGUUAACGCCACUCGUCUUCAUGUGGCCUUCACUCAUCGUGGGUGCCGGGCUGUCGUGGAACAGCCAAACUCACUGGGAUUAUGUGAACUCAUCUAUAGGCACCUUAAUUGAUGUCCAUCUUGUUAACGUUAUUGAUGCCGGUUUCGGGAGCGCCUUAGUGGAACUUGGUCGAUGCGAAACCUGGCUUACGCGGGAAAUGCGCAACCAGAAAAACUCCGACAUGAGCAAUUUACCCCCGGCGUCCACAGGGCCUGGCUCAACUCUGCACCAGCUCCUUGCUGACCCCGACGGCGUGUUACUUGAAAACCUUUCUACCGAAAAGUUCGCGAGUGUCUUGCGUCACAUUAAGCGCAGUAUACGCGCCAUUGCCAACAACAGAGUCGUUUUCUCAUCCUGGCCGUUGAUGCCCGUAGCGGCUGCGGAACUGAACCUCUCUGCAGACUUAAUGAUGACCGCCUGCAGACUCGGCCGUGCUCUUGUUACCAUCGGAAGUAACCCACGGAGCAACCUCGGCAUGGCGGUGGUCAACCCAGGUCUUGCCCACCUCCCUGCCACCAUCAGGACAGACGUGGCCAACAGGCUGCUCUCCCUCCGCGAGUCCUACAGCAUCCUGUGGCUCCACGGGUACCAGCCGCCCGGCCUGCAGGCUUCACUGCUCCUGUUGUCCUCGCUGCUCACCAGACUGCUGCCUCACACCAACUAUAUUCAGGACCUGUAGCUGUGGACCCACACUGCCAACACCAACUAUUAAGUGGAGAAUCUGCAGCUCGAAUUAUUUAUAUUAAUGAUAAUAUGUCAACCAAAUUUACAGUAUCUUAUGACAGUUUUUUUUAAAGACCAUUGUAACCAAAUUUACAGUGUCUUAUGAAAGUUUUUUGCAAAGACCAUUGUAACCAAAUUUACAAUGUCUUAUGAAAGUUCUCCUGCCGAACAAGUAAAACAACACAAUAUAUCGCGAGAAGAUAAAAAACUAACUUGUUGACAAGAAAUAAAUCUUUAUGAAAGGAAGUUUCAUGUCCAUUGUAUAGGCAUUGUCCUAAAUGUCUGUGAUCAUUAAGUAAGGUUAGUGAUAGCUUGCUUAGCCUCACGCCUUAGUUUCCGCCGCUUCAAUUGAGCGUCAGUCUCUGGUUGGGAGCUUGAAAUGUUUUGGUAUAAUUCAAUUUUGGUGCAUAAUACUGGUUAUUGACGGUAUUGUGGUGCAUAAUACUGGUUAUCGACGGUAUUGUGGUGCAUAAUGCUGGUUAUUGACGGUAUUGUGGUGCAUAAUACUGGUUAUUGACGGUAUUGUGGUGCAUAAUACUGGUUAUUGACGGUAUUGUGGUACAUAAUACCGGUUAUUGACAGUAUUGUGGUACAUAAUACCGGUUAUUGACAGUAUUGUGGUACAUAAUACUGGUUAUCGACGGUAUUGUUUUGCAAAAUACGGGUCAUUGACGGUACCUAUUAUUGUGCAUAAUACUGGUUAUUGACGGUAUUUUUAAUGAUGUUGCGAAACCUGCGCGUCUCUGACUAAUUGUAGUUACGCAUUUUUUGAGAGCUAACAGCAAAUGACAGCCGUUAUAUUUGGAUGACAAUCAUUGGCCUAACCGUGUGAUUGGCAGAUCCCUUAUAUUGGCUCCUGCCAUCGUCUGAUUCUACUCACGAUUUUUAGGUAUGGUUAUUUUUUUAUUAUUUCCUACCGCCAUGUUGCGUCUUUGUCUCGCGUUUGCCUUCUGUGUUCCUAGUGUGUUUGUUAAAUCCAGCACAGCCUUUAUUCGUAUUUGCCGUAUAUCUCACCUAUCAUUUCGUAUUCAUUUAUUUAUCGUUUAUAUCUUCACUAAUUCUUCGUGUUAUUAUGCGAAUUUUAUAAGAUUUUUUAUUGAAACCUCGUACGUUCCUGCCUCACAGCCUGCACCUCUGCUGGUCGUUUGGUUUACGAGCGUGACUUACUUUAAUAUAUAUUCCUUGUGUAAGACAAUUGUCUUUUGUAUUUAAAAUUUCAUGUUGCGUUUCGAUAUUUUAUUUAGUGUUUUAUAGCCAAUGAGGUCUUACUUAAAACCAAUACCUUGCAGCUCGUCUAGUUUACUAUAGCAUUCCAUGGUUGCACUUGCUAAUUUCUUAGGCGCUACUUCUGCUGUAACUUUUAAACCUGAUGUCUUUACACUGAGCCCUGCUUGUGGCAUGCGGCUAAUAAAGAUCGCUGCAAAAUUUAUUUUGUGUCCCAUGUUUUUGUCAACAGUACUAAUUCAGUACUAAUAUUAACCAUCUACUUUUCGCUCUCAACCUUCCAAUCGCCUAGUAGAUACGCCUGUGAACGAUUGCGCUUCUAAUAUUCUAUUGGCAAAUGUUAUAAGCGAAUUCUUCAAAAAUAUUGGUCGUUCAUUGCUCCGAUUGUUCUUCAUAAGUCCUCCUGCAUUGAUAUCCGAUCCUACAAAGCCGCGGCAGUUUCCGAGUUGUCAUCCCUCGUUACUCGACAAUUUAUGUUAUUAUAAUCUAGUAUUACAUGUAAGCGUUGUUCAUUGUUCAAGUUUGUAAUUAUACGUUGCCUUAUAGGCAGCUCUUACAAAAGACAUGCGUCCAGCGCAUGCUUUUUAAGGGCUUGGAACGCGUGCCUUUGCUUAGGAUCCCAAAUUCUACGUAUUUUUUGGCUCUUACUUAUGAAAUGUUUCCUAUUAGUAGCCAACACAGUAUUAACGCCUUUUCCUGACGAUGGCAAUAUCCCAACGUGUUUUUAAGUUCAUAUUUUUCUUGUUCUCAUCCAUCUCAUUUAUCCUUUGUUGAUGUUGAAUUGACUGUCGAGCAUCAAGUUAUUUUUAUAGAAGUGAAUGUAUUUUAUCGGUAAUCUGUUCUGCUAGUGUGAAGAUUCUUAGCAAUAAUAUCAGUAUUUUGUAAUGUCUAAUUGUGUAAGACGAUAUAUUCACUUUUUGGUAAUAAAGGAACUAGGCUCAAUUUUUAUUAUUUUUAGAGUGAUUUUUAUUAUGCACAAGGUUAUUAUGUUAUAAUAUUAAUUAAAUAAGGAUUAAUUAUUGGGGCCAGACGGUGAACGUGCCCAGCGACGUCUCAGCCAUAUUGGACCGAGUAAUACCACUUACGAUUUUAAUUUGUUUGAAAAAAAUGUUUUUCUUGUUAUAUUCAUUUCC